AUGGCAGCGAAUAACCCAGAAAAGACGACAGAUACAGGAGAGACAGGAGAGAAGAAGAAAAGGUCCGAGUUAUCGCCGUAUACCAGGGGCUUGAUAGUUGGCCAUCGGGAAGCCGGAGCGUCUCUAAGAUACAUCUCGAAGACCCUGAAUAUACCAGUGUCUACGGUGCAGAAUACCAUAAAGAAGGAGAGUUCCCGGGUAGACGGAGAGUCAAAGCCGCGCUCGGGGAGGCCUACAAAGCUAUCUGAGCGCGAUGUCCGGAUGCUCAUCUCGCGCGUUCGAUCCAACCCUUCGAUCUCAUACAACGAACUUGCAAGCGGGAUGCCAGACAAUAUCUCAAAGUCGACAAUAUAUCGGACUCUGAAGAAGCAUGGGAUCACCAACCGACCUGCGAAGAAUACUGCAACAAAGAAUUAG